UCGGGGAAACAUGUUUACCUUCAGCAAGCCCAGCUUUCUCACCCUGGUGGCGAGGCUGGUCCGGACUAAGGACCCAGCCUCUGAUGUCACAGAAUCCAAGACAGAGCUCAAGCGUUGCCUGACGACGCUGGACCUGACCUCCCUGGGCGUGGGCAGCUGCGUGGGCACCGGCAUGUACCUGGUGGCCGGCAUGGUGGCGAGGAACUUCGCCGGCCCGGGGGUCAUCUUCUCCUUCAUCAUCGCCGCCAUCGCAUCUCUAUUCUCCGGCGUGUGCUACGCGGAGUUCGGCGUGCGCGUGCCCCACACGACCGGAUCUGCGUACAUGUACAGCUACGUGACCGUGGGCGAGUUCGUGGCCUUCGUGAUCGGCUGGAACAUGAUCCUCGAGUACCUGAUCGGCUCGGCGGCCGGGGCGUGUGCCAUCAGCGCCUGCAUCGACGCCAUGCUGGGGGGCGCCAUCAACGACGCCUUCCGGAACACCUUCGGAACCAUCAUUGGUCACACUCCGGACCUGCUGGCCGGCAUCAUCACCGUGCUGAUGAGCGCGCUCAUGCUCGCCGGCGUCAAGAAAUCCUUGCUGUUCAACAACAUACUCAACUGCCUCAACUUCGCCGUGUGGGUCUUCAUUAUGGGCGCCGGUCUCUUCUACAUUGAUACCGACAACUGGACCAAGCACGGGGGAUUCGUCCCUUACGGCUGGUCGGGGGUUCUGGCCGGCGCUGCAACGUGUUUCUACGCGUUCAUCGGCUUUGACAUCAUCGCCACGACGGGCGAAGAGGCAGAGAACCCAAAGGUCGCCAUACCAACGGCCAUCAUUCUCAGCCUGGCCAUCGUUCUCACUGCAUACAUCACGUCCAGCAUGAUGGUGACGCUUAUCGUGCCGUACAGCCAGAUCAACGCCGGUGCUGGUCUGGUGGAGAUGUUCGCCCAGAGAGGAGCCCGUUCCUGCCACUACAUUGUGGCUCUCGGUGCACUCGCGGGCCUCGUUGUCUCCAUGCUGGGCUCCAUGUUUCCCAUGCCUCGCGUGGUUUACGCCAUGGCCAAGGAUGGCCUCAUAUUCAGGGCCCUGUCCAAGGUGUGGCCAGUGACGGAGACGCCCGCGUUCGCCACUCUGCUGCUGGGCGGAGCCACGGCUGUCGUCUCCAUCGUCAUGAGUCUCGACGUGCUCGUCGAAAUGAUGUCUAUAGGAACGCUGAUGGCGUACACGCUGGUGUCGACGUGCGUGCUGCUGCUGCGGUACCAGCCGCGCACCAAAACCCUGGUGGAGCUGCUCCCUGAGUCGGUGCGCUCGCAGUGCCCUACGCCUAGCAGCGAGGCACCCCCUUCAAUGGUGCCCUCGCUUAGAGGACUGGGCCUGGGCUCUACGGGGCCACCCUUGGGUGCCUCCACCACCACCAUACGCACCAAGAGGUCAAACCGCGUCGUCACGCCCGACAGCGACGACGACGAGAGGAAAGGAGCCGGCGACGGCAGCCUACACGUGCAGCAGCAGGAAGGCUACGGCUCGAUGCUGGCCGGGCAGGAGAGCAUCGAGGAAGACAUGUUUCAGCAGCCCACGUGGUGGGAGACAAAGACCAAGCAGCUCGGUUACCUGCUGCCAUUCCUGAGGGGACACCCCGGACCGGCCACCGACAGCUCGGGCAUGAAGGUGAUGAAGCUGGUGGGCCUGCUGUACGUGUUCGCGAUCGCCUUCGACCUGGUGAUCGUGUGCGGCGUGGGGGCCCUGGAACGGGGCAACGGCUUCGUGCUCGUUUUUCUGUUCGCAUGCUUGGCGGGAAUUCUCGCCUCCGUCUUCCUCAUCGCCAAGGAGCCGCAGGCCAAAUGCGACCUGAAGUUCAAGGCUCCCGGCGUGCCUUUAGUGCCGGCAAUAGCCGUCGUAGUCAACAUCUACCUGAUCUUCAAGCUUUCUGUGCUCACGCUGGUGCGGUUCGUGGUGUGGAUGGUACUAGGCAUGUUCAUGUACUUCUGCUACGGCAUCAAGCAGAGCAACCUGGAGUCCCUGAUGGAGGAACGCAUCGAACUCAAGAUCCCCACGCAGGGUUUCACCCUGCAGGCGCCGCCAGCGCCCCCGCAACAGCGGCAGCAACCACCCACGGCUCAGGAGAUCAGCGCCAAGCUCGCCGACGUGGCCAACGGCCGACCGCUCCCGGUGCCUCCGAGGCCGUACGAUCAGCAGGAAGAACAAGCACUCAGGCAACGCUGGCAGACCUUCGAGUAGUGACCGGAGAAAGCGCCCUCUACAAUCGACACCGUGGCAUUGCAGCAUUGGCGAUAGGGCCAAUCUGCUUUUUUUAUUUUCCUGUGCUGCCCUCUGCCGUUUUCUUAGGGUUUGGUAAGGGCCGGUACAGUUGGUAUUGCCAGAACGAAAGCCUCCGAGAUCAAGAGGCGUUUCGCGACUUUCCCGCUAGGGGAGGGGCGCAUGCGCCGUGGAAUCGUGAAAAAAGGCGGAUUUCGUGUGUGCUGCUGCCGGUAGGAAAGUUUGGGAAACCCUCGUGCUUGCCACGUUAUAUGUGGGAAGCACUUUUCUCUUUCCCCGCUGCCGCUGACUGGUAUUUAAUCAGCUCGAGCAGCAUGCGUUAUGGAACAGAAAGCCCGCUGCUGGAAAGUUAAAGAAGCUUUAAGCGUGCGUCCUGACAAGAGCUGUCGUUGCAGGCCCCUGGUGGCGGGACACUGUGCUUUAGCGCUUCGAAGCUUAAAAAAAAAUCGGGCGCGAUGUCUUUUUUUGAAUCUCUCAAGUGUGGGUCACCGAAGGUUUUACUGUGAUCCUCUAAAACGUGUUUGUCCGGCGACAGCUCCCGGUCAGAAGGCGCUGCACUGACGGCUUCGAAAACUUUUUUAGCACACUGGUAAAGGAGCUGGAUCUCUCGGCAAACUAUUAACGGCUACAUUGGUAAUUGAAUGGCUGUGGAUCAAGAGACUUCCUAGCUUUAGUUUUUUGCAACUGAAGCUAUAACACCGUGUUGGUUCCUAACAUUCGGUCGAUCUCGCGACCCGUUGGCACAACCGCAGC